GAUAUAAACGAGUGCAAUAACAACCCUUGCAAGAACGGAGCUACCUGUGAAAAUCUUCAAGGAAGUUAUCGCUGCAAAUGUAAACCAGGAUUUACCAACAAGAACUGUCAAACAGGUAAUUGGUUUUUUACUUAAUAAACAAACAAUGGUGAGCUAACAGGCUGCCCUCGCGAUAUUUUACCAAAAAACUUACAACAAGGUUAUUUGCUAGUAUGGACUGAAUUUAAAAAAGCCUCAAAAAUUUCGGCCUUAAACUCUCAGAGGUAUAGUAUAACAUAAAGAGAGCGUGCACUAGGAACUGCCCUUGUGUAUUGAUCGAGCUCUACUCGUGCACAUGAACAAAGGACGGAGUUUGAUGUCUCGCACUGAGCAUUUACGCGCCUAGACCCGCCUGAGCGCCUCCACUCUGAAGUCUGUUGUGCAGUUUAUCUAGAAGCAUUAUAUUAAUAUUAUGGGAUAAAGCGCUCCCUGGCUCCAAUAACAUUCAAAAUGGCCGCCAUCUUGGAGUUGACUGAAAGUUCAGAUUUUGUUCAAUUGGAAGGUUAACUAGUUAUUUUUUGUGCUUGAGGGUGUAAAUGUGCUUAUUCAAAAAGUUAUUAAACAAAACUAAGUGUUUUAUGCUAAGAAUGACUUUAUUCUUGCCGUCAUAGAUGUAAAUGAAUGCAAAGGAAAACCCUGUAAAAACGGGGCCACGUGUGUGAAUACAUUUGGGAGUUACCGCUGUCGGUGUGCAUCUGGGUACAAUGGCCAACAUUGCGAAGCAGGUAUUGUGGCUCCAUUUAUUUUCUUCAUAAGCCCAUCCUAACAAGGUGACAAUCUUGUACGCGCUUCGUCAAAGAAGGAACUUGUUUAGGCUUCGAGUAUAUGAAGGGGUAGGAACAACUGUCAUUUCUAAUUUUUAAAAGAGUAUCUAAAAGUAUUUCAAAGAUACACAUCUUAUGAUUGCCGAAAUAUUUGUUUAGGGGCAGUUAGAGCCGUUAAAAUUAAUGUUGAAGAUUUACGCUAAAUGAACAAAUCAAUACAAGACUAAAGAAACUAAUGAAGAUACAGACUAAAAGACUGUAUAAAGUGAUGACAAUAUCAAUGUUUUUGGUUUUUGUCGUUUUUUUGUUAAAGAUAUCGACGAAUGCAAAUCUAAGCCAUGCAUUAACGGAGGCAGAUGCAAAAAUCUUCCCGGAAGCUAUCGCUGUAAUUGCCGACCUGGAUUUAUGGGAUAUCAUUGUCAAACAGGUAAUGAUAUUGAUAUCAGUUUUGUGUGUUUAACAAGAAACCCUGUUUAUUGUUGUAAUUAUCUCGUUCAUAAUUAAACAUGUUCUUUACAUCAAAUUCGUAUUUCGUUCUUCGAAAAGUAAGCUUGUUCCAUGACCAGAGAUAUGGUAUUUGUAAUAAAUUGUAUACACUCUCAGUUUUGUUAUCCCCAUGAAUUUAGAUAUUUUUUUAGCAUCCUGUUAUAGCAAAACCGUUCCCCUCCACCCUAGACCGACCCUGUCUGCUUGAAAUUUGGUGAAACAUUUGUUCCUCUAAAUUUUCAGAUAUCGACGAGUGUUACAGUGCUUACAAUCCUUGCAGAAACGGAGGAACUUGCGUGAACUUUGUCGGAGGCUAUACUUGUCAUUGUAAAGCUGGAUAUUCUGGAAUCAAUUGCGAAAUUGGUGAGAAACGUCACUCUUUAAUUAAAAUUUGAACAAACCAAGACAUCAUUCUUCAAGCAACUUGACGAAAAAAUGCCAAUAAUGUUCUUUCUCCUAACAGUUGACCUCAUCGUCAAUCGUCAUAAUCGUAACCAUAAUCAUAAUCAUCGUCAUCAUCAUCAUCUAGUCAGUAAUCAUUAUUGGCUAUUAAAUGUUCUUAUCCUCAAAAGAUAAAAAACAAAUUGUAACUACAAGCUUUCCCGCAUCCACUUUCUAGCUAUCCUUACACACUGAAAAUCAUACUGAAGGGGUUUGCUCUACCCUUUUUGUUAGAACCUCGCUUCGAAUUUCAGCCCUUUAAAAAAAAAAGAUAAUAAUUAAUGUUCUGUUUGAACAUAAUUGUGUUUAUAGAUUAUAAAAACCUUGGCUGCUAUAAAGAUACUUCAAGCCGGGCAAUUCCCACUCUCGAAGGCAACGAUACCAUUUUAGAUGGUCAAUACUCCAGUCGUAAAAACCCGAUAGCUAAGUGCGCUUUAGCGGCUCGCAAGAAAGGUUACAGGAUGUUUGCAAUUCAAGAUGGAGGAUGGUGUGCAUCUAGUGCGACUGCUGGGAAAACAUUUAACAAAUAUGGCAAGAGCAAUGCGUGCCGACAAGGAGAAGGUGGUGCUUGGGCAAAUGAUGUGUACAUUCUCCAAGGUCAGUGA